ACACGUCCCACCCUGUCAGUCACACAACACACGGAAAAAUGGCGGCGAAUAUACUGCGGCUCUCGCUGCGACUUUCUACCAAAAAUACGGGGAUAGUGACCCGUAACACAGGCCUGAAAUCAUCAAACAUAUCCAGGACGACUCAAAGUAGAACCGCGGUGUCAACCUCAUCGGGUGCAAUCUUACCGAAACCGGAUAAAACACCGUUUGGUCUUAUCCGCAUGACUGCUGUGGUGGUGCCUUUCCUGUAUGUCGGAACCCUGAUUAGCAAGAACUUUGCAGCUCUCUUGGAAGAGCAUGACAUCUUUGUUCCCGAGGAUGAUGAUGAUGACGACUGAGAUAAGUUAUAAAAAAAAAAGGGUGCUUUGCAAUAUCAACUGAGAGCAUACCAGCCAGGACAAGGAAGAUGGGAAGAUGGAGCACUUUGACUUCCAAAUACAUCCCUCUACCUCCAUCCAUCUCCUUAUUCUUUCUGCUGUUUACCUUACUUUCAUUCAAAUAAUUUGAAAGAAAACCCCAUAUCGUGUGAAGCUAUCAAAACUACUACAUAUGCCUUCACUCUUGAUUGCAUGUUUGUGUCUGUCAAUUCAAUAAAGACAGUCGAUGCACAUUGAAAA